AUGCGUGGUAUCAAGGGUCUCGUCUGGGAGGGUUCCGUGUUGGACCCAAUCGAGGGUAUCCGUUUCAGAGGCAGAACCAUUCCAGACAUCCAAAAGGAGUUGCCAAAGGCUCCUGGCGGAAGCGAGCCAUUGCCAGAGGCUCUUUUCUGGUUGUUGUUGACCGGUGAGGUCCCAACCGAGGCCCAGACCAGAGGCUUGUCCGAGGAGUUGGCUGCCAGAUCCGCCAUUCCAAAGCACGUCGAGGAGUUGAUCGACCGUUCUCCUUCCCACUUGCACCCAAUGGCUCAAUUCUCCAUCGCUGUCACUGCCUUGGAGUCUGAGUCUCAAUUCGCCAAGGCUUACGCCAAGGGUGCUCCAAAGAGCGAAUACUGGAAGUACACCUACGAGGACUCCAUUGAGUUGUUGGCCAAGUUGCCAAACAUUGCUUCUAGAAUCUACAGAAACAUUUUCCACGACGGUAAGUUGGCCGGCGAGAUCUCCAAGGACUUGGAUUACGGUGCCAACUUGGCCACUUUGCUCGGCUACGGUGAGAACAAGGAGUUCUUGGAGUUGAUGAGAUUGUACUUGACCAUCCACUCUGACCACGAGGGUGGUAACGUCUCUGCCCACACCACCCACUUGGUUGGUUCCGCUUUGUCCUCCCCAUUCUUGUCUCUUGCCGCUGGUUUGAACGGUUUGGCUGGUCCUUUGCACGGUAGAGCCAACCAAGAGGUCUUGGAGUGGUUGUUCAAGUUGAAGGCUGACUUGAAGGGUGACCACUCUAAGGAGGCCAUCGAGAAGUACUUGUGGGACACUCUUAACGCUGGUAGAGUUGUUCCAGGUUACGGUCACGCCGUCUUGAGAAAGACCGACCCUCGUUACACUGCUCAAAGAGAGUUUGCCUUGAAGCACAUGCCAGACUACGAGUUGUUCAAGUUGGUUUCCAACAUCUACGAGGUUGCUCCAGGUGUGUUGACCAAGCACGGUAAGACCAAGAACCCAUGGCCAAAUGUGGACUCCCACUCCGGUGUCUUGUUGCAAUACUACGGUUUGACCGAGGAGUCUUUCUACACUGUGUUGUUCGGUGUCUCCAGAGCCUUCGGUGUCUUGCCUCAAUUGAUCUUGGACCGUGGUCUUGGUUUGCCAAUCGAGAGACCAAAGUCCUUCUCCACCGAGAAGUACAUCGAGUUAGUCAAGUCCAUUGGCAAGAACUAA